GGUUUAGCCCUCCAAACUCUUUGGGGCUCUCAAAAUCUCUCUAUUUUCGGUACAGACUAAAAGAGAGAUUUUUGUAUGUAACCGAAAUACGAAUGGUAUAUUAUUUGUGUUCUCACAAAUAUAGAAAUUUUUAUGUUAGGUGUUUUGAUAAAAUUCCUGAAUGCGUCCAGCUCUCCAGCACUCCAAACACUUCAAAAAUCUUCUAAAAUGCGAAGAGCCUCCAGAAUCAUUAAGCUUCCACCAUCGAUCCUCAUCGGCCAUUCUUCUUCUGCUGGUGCUGUGCACAAGCACUCCUACACAACUCUGAUCCUGCUACAAAAUCGCCACAACUCGCAACAACAAUCGUUCCCGGGAGAUUUCCUGAAAUGGGGUUCGCUGGGUUUCUUCAGGGCUUCGAGCUUCGCUACUGGGUUCAAUCCCUUGAAGGCUAAGCCGUUGGAUUCAAUCAUUGAUGUUGAGAGGGUGAAAGAUCGCUCGGCCGAGGACAUCGCUUCGGCUUGGGACGAUUUUCACUUGGGAAGAGGUCAUAUUGGUGCAUCCAUGAAGGCAAAACUAUAUAACCUGUUGGAGCGUAGAGCGGUAGAUUGCCGGUAUUUUGUCAUUCCCUUGUGGAGAGGAAAUGGUUAUACCACAAUGCUUGCUCAAGUACAGAUGCUACACAUGAUUUUCACCGGUCUUGAAGAUUACAAGGCGAGGGGAACUCAAGCUUCUCCCUACUUCGCUGUAACUUACUACAACGAAUUUGCAGAAAGCAAGGACAUGGUGCUUAUCCGAGGGGAUGUUGUACUCCCAAGCAAACUCACUGACUCGGAGGCAAAGUGGCUCGUGGAGACCACCCAAUCAUUUUAUUUGAACGACAUGAGGUAUAAGCUGGUCGAACGGUUCAACAAACAAACACACGAUUUUGAGUUCAAGGAUGUCCUGCAAGCAUUAGAAAUGCCGAAUCUGUGAUUUCUCCAGCGGAAAUGAAGCUGUCUUACUAGGAGUAAUAGAAGGAGAUUGCAAAAUGGGUGUUUUAUUUGUGAGAAAGCCCCGCACGGGGAUACAAUGUUUCAUUCUGAUUGGUCAAAAGAGUGAUUUCCGCACACAAAUUUUCUUCCGUUGUACACCCAUGUUUAUUUGUAUCAUAGUUAUCUUACGAGUUAUUCAAUUUAAAAGUCAAAAAUAGGUAUAAGAGUGCAAAAAGAGAAGAAAAAAAAUGUGCGGAAAUUAUUUUUCUAGUCAAUACUAUGAGUUCGUUUAGAAGUGCUUUUAAAAUGAUUGAAACUAUUUUAAGCA